AUGGCUGCUCCAUCUGCUGUGGCUACUAGCCCUCUCAAUCGAAACAAGGAGGCCCAGUCCUCCUUGCUCACGGGCAAGGCUUCUGCAAUAGCGGAGACCUUAAACCGUGGUAGUCCCAAGGAUGCAGUCGUGAUAGGCGUUCGAGAGGAUGAAGCAGAGCGAGCGAAAGGGUAUGACCUUACCUUUGUUCCUCCUUCGUGUGAGGAUGAUGUCUCUGUGGUGGAUGUCCCUGAAGAAGUGCUGGAUGUGGUGGAUCCCAAAUGGCAUGAGUGCCUGGUUGGGUAUUAUGUAGGAAGGAGUUUGCCGUUCCAGCUCACGGAGCACACGCUCAAGCUUUAUUGGGGACCGAAGCUUAUUGAGGUCUUCGCCGAUGACCAGGGCUUCUUUUUCUUCCGCAUCCCUGACCCUGAGUUCCGAAGGAAGAUUUUGGAAGAUGGACCUAUAACGGUUGCAAGGAUAGCCCCGGCAAUUAGCGCCAUAGCGAGUACUGUUGGCAAGCCUUUGUUUGUUGAUCAACGCACGGAGCAAACUCAAAGGAUCUCUUUCGCAAGAGUUUGUGUGGAGCUUCAAGUUAAUCAGCCGAGGAUCCCCUCGGCAAGCCUCUUUAGUUGGUCCGAAGGCGGUGCAAGGCCAGCAACAGCAGCAGCUCUUAAGAGCUUGCCAUCAACCUCUACCCGGAGGGCUCAAAGUGGACUUCGAGCCCUCAUCAAGGUGGAUGCUCCUGACUCAACAGUGGAGGAAGACCCCAUUAGCCAUCCAGAUGCAGACUUGGGGAGUGGAGCGGAGUUGAAUGGGUCUAUCAACCACUUAGAUAGCUCAGAUGAUGAUCUUCUCUUGCCUUGUCUAUCGCCGAAGGUUCCUCCAACUAGGAGUGGUGAGGAGACUACCCAGGACAAGCUCUUGGCGCUCUCCCCUGUCCCACCUCCUCCAUCGGCUCGUGCGGCUCCCCUUCCGAGCCGUCGCAAAACACCGAAAAGGAGGCAAGCGGAGAUUCGUAACCUCAUUAUUUUGAACCACCUGUGCUGUAUUGGUUUGGUGGAAACUAAGGUGCCACAGGAUCGCUUCAACUCCAUCUCCGAAGGUCUAUUGAGGGAUUGGUGUUGGAUUGCAAACUAUGACUUCUCCCCCAAGGGUAGAAUUUGGGUUGGUUGGGACCCCGUGAGGGUUAAGUUUGAAGCCUUCUCAGUCACCAAGCAAGCGAUUCAUGGGAACUUUGAGAGCCUGGUCUCUGGGGUGGCUUGUUGUGUAUUUUUUAUUUAUGGAGAACACUCUUUUUCGCUGAGGAGACCUCUUUGGGAGGAUAUCAUUCUUAGAAGCAUCCAUCUCCGGGACACUCCUUGGCUUGUCUUGGGGGAUUUCAAUGCUAUUAAGGAUCCAUCGGACUGUGUCGGUGGCUCCGAAGAUUGGCUCCCUUGUUUUGAAGAGUUUGGACAGUGCUUGGAGCAAGCCGAGCUGGAAGACUUGAGGUUUGUUGGUUUUAGAUACACUUGGAUUACGUCUUCAGGGCCUUCUAGGAAAGCAAGAAAGAUUGACAGGGUUCUAGUGAACGCCAAGUGGAGCCUGGAUCUCUCUUACUCGGAAGCCUCCUUCCUAGCGCCGGGAAUCUCGGAUCACUCGCCUAUGGUGGUGAAGGUGCUUAAUCCGACUCAUCGGAGGAAGCCCUUCAAGUCCUUCGACUUCUGGAUGAAGCACCCGGAGUUCAAUGAGAUUGUCUCGCAAGUGUGGGAUGCGCCGGGGGGUGGUGUUCCUAUGUAUAGGUUUGUGUCUAAGCUCAAGGCUCUUAAAUGUCGGCUCAAGCAGCUCAAUAGAGAUUCCUUCUCUAAUAUCUCUGCCAAAACUCUUAAUGCGCGGAAGAUGUUGGAGGCCACUCAAGCAGACUUGCAGCUAAAUCCCUUUUCUACUGACCUUACUAAGAUGGAAAAAAACCAAAGACGUAUCUUUGCAGAGUUGCAUUCCUCGAAGGAGUCAUUCUUCAAGCAGAAGUCCAGGGUCAGAUGGCUCAGGGAGGGAGACCGUAAUACCAAGUUCUUCCACCAAUAUAUCAACAAAAGACAUUUGAGGAACAAAGUCCUUUCCAUCCUCGACUCUUCGGGGAACCUGCCGGUUACAAAGUUGGAGAUCCGGGACACUAUCUUCUCCUUGCCUAAGGGAAAGGCUCCUGGUCUUGAUGGUUUCAUAGCGGAGUUCUUCAAAGAAAACUGGGACACAGUUGGUCCUUUAGUAACGGCUGCAGUGAUGGAUUUUUUCACCUCCGGAAAACUCUUGAGAGAGAUUAACAAUACCAUCUUGGUGAUGGUUCCUAAAGUGCUCAACGCCACUUCUGUGGAGGAUUAUAGGCCUAUCGCCUGCUGCAACACUAUUUACAAGUGCAUUACAAAGGUGCUAGCUAAUCGGGUGGCCUUAGCUUUGAAGAGCACGAUAGGCCCUUUUCAGACUGCGUUUGUAAAAGGCAGGCGGAUCAAGGACAAUAUCUUGCUAGCUCAGAAGCUGUUCUCUAGCUUCCACCUUGAGCCUUAUCUCCUUAAAUGUGCGAUAAAGGUGGACUUCAGGAAAGCCUAUGAUACUGUGGAUUGGGACUUCCUCGAAAGUGUGUUGAUGGCCUUUGGCUUCCCUCAGUCUGUGACUCGACUUAUUAUGACUUGUGUUCGCACACCUAAAUUUUCAAUUGCUUUGAAUGUAGAGCUCCACGGUUUCUUUGCGAGCGGUCGAGGGCUCCGCUAA